AUGUGUCUAGAGAUAAGCACAAGGACAGAUAAGUUACUGUGGAGACUGUCCCGGUGGACAGAAUCCUGGGAUUCUAACACUCCACCUGUGUGGGAGGGGCUGUCACCACCAGCUGCCCAUGGUGACUUCUCCGCACCGAGGAGAAGCGAGGUCAGGGUGCCAGCCCUGGUCAGAGCCACCACACGUUGCCCUGAGAAACCAGAGGGCAGGUCUCCCCCAGGCCCCGGGCUCCCCUCGCUCCAGUGUUGGGGGGCGGGGUAUGGACAGCCCCUCUCGCUGCAGCCUUUAGCACUUUGUCCCCCCUCCUGUGUCAGAGCACUGAGCUCCGCCCUUUUCUGA